GAGGGAUUGGGUGCGGGAUUGACGGACGCAUCGGCCAUUGUGCUCAAGGAUCUCAAAGAUGCUCGAGAAGACGCCUAUUGGGAGAUACUGAAUCUGUGCUUUAGUGAAAGCCCAGAAUGGCUGGCAAGGGGAGGCCCUGGCAUGAACCUGAUUCGCGCCCCAAUCGGAGCAUCAGACUUUGGCUUCACCGAGUACACAUAUGACGACACUUUCGACGGUUCAACUGACCCCCAGCUCACCCAAUUUAACAUCGAGAAGAGCGCCAAACGCUGGGAGAUCUUCAAAGACAUCCAAACCGUGCAGCCAAAUCUACAGGUCAUGUUUACCCCGUGGUCAUCCCCAGCCUGGAUGAAGGGCCACUUCAACGGGAGCCUUCGAGGCGGCUCGCUUCUCGAGAAAUUUGAGGAAAGUUUCGUGGACUAUAUGGUCAAGUUCACCGACGAGGUUACGACCAAGAAGAAUAUCCGAGUGAAGAAGCUCAGUUUGCAGAAUGAACCUCUAUACGACGGCGCAAAUUAUCCCUGUCAGAAGAUGGAAGCCCCUCAGCAAGCUCGAGUCGGUCAAUUGCUCCGCAAGAAGCUCGACGCAGCUGGCUACAAAGAUGUAGGCUUACUCACGUACGACCAUAAUUGGGACAAGAAGGACUAUGGGAUCGAUGUUUUCGACAGAGCGGCAAAUGCUUUUGAUGGCAUCGCUUGGCACUGCUACGGUGGUCAACCCGACGGACAAAAUCCGUUCAAUGUGGCCUACCCUAAUAAAGAAGUCUGGUUUACAGAGUGCACGAGAAUCACCCAGAAUUAUGAAGAGCCUUGGAUAAACACUCGGAAGCAGUUCUCCCUUCUUCUCACCGGCAGUAUCGACUACAUGACCUCAGCCGUCGUCUUGUGGAAUGUCGCGCUCUUAUCGACAGAAGAUGGCUUCACCCUCCCUCAGCUGCCAGGAACGUGUCGAAACUGCCUCGCUCCAAUUCUUGUGUUCCAGAAUUCUACCAAGGAUGGCACGAACUUGACUGGCCUAAACAUGGACGCUAUCCGAACGCAGGUCAAAGCAGGCGACAAAGAACCGCAAAGCUCGACAAACUCGAGACGAAGUCUUACAGCCAAGACAGCUUUGCGAGGGAAAAAAGAUGCCAAAGAAAAUCAUCGUCGAGCUUUCUCCGGAAAGCAAAAACGACAGGACAGAGCUCCGACGAAUUUCUAUCCCGGAAACACGCCCUACAUUCGACCCUACUACCGUAUGACAUCGGACUUUGUCACGCUCUCGCACCUAGGGCGGGCCAUCCGGCCUCGCAACGCUCGAGGAAGUCAGAAACGGGGACAAAGGAUUGGCGUCAAGACGUCUGAAGACAACUUUGACUCGCCAAGGCUCUUUGCGCAGAUGUUCCGCACGGACAAUGCCGAUUCGCAGGGUAAUUCGAGAUGGAGCCUCAUCUUGCUCCAGCAGAACGAUCACUUCCUGACCGGCGUGUACGAGGACGCGACUAUCAUGAUCCGUUUUAGAGAUGCCGUUGCCAACAUCACGCUACCGCCCGGUGUCUUCACGCUCUCCUGGCUCGCGCCAAAGGAGGGAACCUCUUCGUCGUCCGAUACAUAGGGCGGGGCCAUUCCCCUCCCCUUCGCCUGCAUAUCGCUUUUGGAAGGGAGUGACGUCUCUCUACCUGUCAUUUACCUCCUUUCCUCUUCACCGCGAGAAGCGGCAAGACAGAAGUGGU